AUGGGUGUCUGUUUCGCAUCACUCUCACGCGUACCACCACCCUCAUCCCUCAACAGCCUUCACACUUCAGGGAGUAACGAGAGUACUAACAAAGAUUCAUCAUUGUGUCGGGAAGUGUCAAACUUGAAGGUAUUUAGCUAUGGAGAUUUGAAAAUUGCAACAAAGAGUUUCAAGUCAGAUGCUUUGCUUGGAGAAGGUGGUUUUGGUAAAGUGUAUAAAGGUUGGUUAAAUGCUGAAACACUCGCUCCUGCUAAAGCUGGUUCAGGAAUGAUGGUGGCUAUCAAGCAAAUGAAACCUGAUAGUUUGCAAGGUGUUCAAGAAUGGCAGUCAGAAAUCAACUUUUUAGGAAGUAUUUCUCAUCCCAACUUGGUCAAGCUACUUGGUUAUUGUAGGGAGAAUGAUGAACUUCUCUUGGUGUAUGAGUUUAUGCCAAGGGGAAGCUUGGAGAGCCAUCUAUUUAGAAGAAAUACCAACGGAGAGCCACUUUCUUGGAAAACUCGACUCGAAAUAGCUACUGAUGCAGCUAGAGGGCUGGCUUUCUUGCAUUCUUCAGAAAAGCAAGUCAUAUAUAGAGAUUUCAAGGCUUCUAAUAUACUUCUUGAUGGGAAUUACAAUGCAAAGAUUUCAGAUUUUGGAUUGGCUAAAUUUGGUCCAUCAGGGGGAGAUUCACAUGUGACUACUAGGAUCAUGGGCACAUUUGGUUACGUGGCUCCAGAAUACAUUGCGUCGGGUCAUUUGUAUGUGAAGAGUGAUGUUUAUGGAUUUGGUGUAGUGCUACUUGAAAUGUUGACAGGUUUGCAAGUACUUGAUACAGAAAGGCCUCCAGGGAAACAAAAUCUGGUUGAAUGGAUUAAGCCUUCUCUCUCAGAUGAAAGAAAGUUGAAAAGUACCAUAAUGGAUUGUAGGUUAGAGGGCCAAUAUUCACCAAAGGCAGCAUUAGAAACAGCUAAGCUUAUUCUUAAAUGUCUUGAAUCUGACCCUAAGAAACGUCCUUCUAUGAAUGAUGUUUUGCAGAAAUUGGAAAGUAUAAAAGUUAUAAAGGAUGGAAGGAAGAUAUCCAAGAAUCAUUGCACUAAAUCUGCAGCUAAUAGCUAUGUACAGUUUAGAAAAGAUAAUUUGUCCAUUUAA